ACCUUCAUUCUGUCCAAAUGUGGGACUGUGAACUGUGGAAGAAGUAGCCAUUGAAGGUCUCUCUGUGAAACUCUCCAAACAUGCAAAUGGAGAACGGUAACGGGGACUCGCCAGGGAGCCCAAUCAACGGCUUACGAUGCUCCAAUGGCUCGAGUGCCAACCUGAAGAACUUUUCUGGGUGUGAUGGGAAACACUUGCUGGAAAACUCGGAGAGCUUUUACAAGAAGCUGUCUGAGUUGUACGAGUCAUCUGGACUCAACCUUAUACUAAAUGUUCGAGAAACACUGCUGAACUUGCACGUCUUUUACAAAGAAGUCAUUCAAAGAGGCGGAUACUACCAGGUUACCAAGAAUAAGCGAUGGGAGGAAGUUGCAGUUGCCUUGAAAAUAGAAGGCGUCAAAAUGAAGUUUCCUUCCCAACUUCAACAAGUUUAUGCGUUGUUUCUUUUCCAGUUUGAGCAAAUUUACUUCUACAGAGCACCUGAGAAAGCAGCUGCUGAUCCAGGUCAUGCUUUCUAUCAUGGAAAUAGUUCAGUGAUGAAGCGAAAGAGUUCAGAUUCGUUAUGCCUGGAGCUAACAGAUGAAGAAGAUGUUCCAGUGGAGAAGAAGAUCUUAAAUGGAAAAAAUCAUGCAUUGUUUACAGGUGGAACUGCAGAACAGAAAUUAUCCCCCCAGACACCCUCAAAAGUGAAAGAGACUGUGGUGAAGAAGAAGAAGAAAUUGUCCCCUGGCCGAUGUCGGCAUAUACGGACUGCAUAUCAGAUCUUCAUCAGGGAAGAAUGUGAUCGGCUGAAAAGAACUAAUGGGGAGAAGCUAAGAGGCCAGAGUUUCAGAAGUAUGGCAGAUGAUGCGUGGAGGCACCUCUCUGAAAUUGACCGACAGCCAUACAUUGAGGAAAGCAAUAGGGACAAGGAAAAGUAUUCCCAACCACAGGCUGCUGCCGAGGUGCACAAUGGCAUGGAAUAUAAAGAGACAGAACGCAACAACGAUGGGGAUUAUCACGUCCGACCUGAAUUUGGAAAACCCUUACUGCAUAAUCAAGAUGCAGUUGAUUUUGGAAAACCCUUGCUGCAUGAUCAAGAUGCAGUUGACUUUGGAAAACCCUUACUGCAUGAUCAAGAUGCUGUUGUCUUGGCCAAUCAAACCAUGAACAAAAAUCUAGCUGACCCAAUACUCCCAAACGACUGAAAGUUGUAGUCUUUGGUUGGGCUGGUCAGUGCUUUUGUAAUGGAAGGUUCUUUUUUCUGUACACAAGUUGAAAAGAAAAUAGAUUCUCGGACACGUACCCUUUUGAUGACAGCUCUUAUUGUGUAUGGUUUUGUCCGUUUAUCAUGGAGUCUGUAUAUAUAUGUUUACAAAUGAGAGCUGCUACCUUAUUAUGUACAAGAGUUUUGGAACCUUGUUGCAUGAAACACUGAUCAGAAGCUUCUUAUGUUAUAUAUAGCUUUUUUUUUAUUAUUAUUA